AUGUUUGAGCUCUUUCGGGCUCUUUGCUCAGGCAGCUGUGCUCGCAGCGGGACUGAUGGGACAGCCCCGCCACCUCAGAGCCACAGCCGGCCGGACUCCAAAGGCGCAAGCUUCCUGGAUGCCCUGUCACUGAAGCCCUCCGUGGUCGACGAUGGCGAGUUGCUUUUCCCCCGCCAGGGGCAGGUGCGACCGAACCGCUCCAGUGCACCUCGGGCCAAGAGUGGAAGGUGGUCCCAGCGCUCGCAGUACACCGGCGCCGACUUCCAGGACCUCCCCAAUCCCGCCGGGGCGGGCGCCUUGCGGGCAGCAGGCUCGUUUGUGGCACAGCCCCUCGCCGCCGAUGCGGGGUUUAGGCGUGGAAAGCUUGUGUGGUUUCUUCAGAUUCUCAAAUGCUUGGCUCGCUUGCCGGUGGCCCUGGCGUGGCUGCCACAGGGGCAGCGGCGUGUAUGGCUCGUGGCAGAGGCCGCCCAUCCGGAAAAGGCUGGGGAAGUCGGAAGAUCGGCCAGGGAGCCGCCAGAUGAUGCCGCACCAUCGUCGGCUGGGCGCGGCGUCCGACGAGACCGUCCGCCGCCGGGGCGCUCAGAGCGCCCGUGGGAGGACCUCGUGGAGGCUCCGCGCGAGGCGCCCCGCGAGGCACGUCCGGCGAGGCGUGGGGUGGACCGAGAGAUCUACCGGCUGCAGCAGUCGCACAACUAUCUCUCGAUCCCCAAAGCAGCCUUUGCCCGGGUGGUCAAAGACAUCCAGUCCAGCUUCGCCGAGGAGCCCCUGCGCUUCAGCACGGAAGCUCUGGAACUCCUGCAGGCGGCCACCGAGGAGUACUUAAUGUACCUCUUUGCCGAUGGGUAUCUGGCAACGGCCCAUCGGCGGCGCGUGACCCUGAGCUCCGAGGAUGUGCGCCUGGUCCGGCGCUUGCGGCAGCGCGGUCCGAGGCUGGCAGACACCUCACCCGGCUCGUCGGUAGGAAGCAUCCAUUUGACUGUUCGUUUUGUUUAUGUCGCUGAUAUGACCGCCAUGCGAGCCAUGGGAGCCAACCGUUGCUGGAAGGCCUGGUAUCGGAGCCUCGCAAUCGCUUUCGCUUGCUCUGUGCAGAGCUUGGUAUAUGUGGCUCCGGCAAGCAGAGGCGGCGGACUUCCCAAGCCCAAGGCCGCAGGAAGCAAGGAAGGCGUGUUUCCGACCGCACCGGCGCUGAUGCAAGACAUGCUGAUCGCAACAAGCCCGGUCACGCCCAAGUUGAAGCAUGUGCUGACGCCUGGGCACAUCCGUGCAAGGGCGCCCAGUGCGGAGUUGGAGAAGCCUCAUGUGAGAUUAGUUGCCCUUGGCCUGGGCAGCACCCUCGCCAGAAAAGCGGUGCUACAAAGCUGCAGCGCAAGCAGCGGCAACCGCAGGGCCGUCAGGGUGGCGCUGAAGGCCGGGGAGGAGGACCCGCUCCUCGCGGAGGCCAAGGCCGCGGCGGAGGCCGCGAAGCUCCAGCUGGAGGCUGCGAAGCUGCGGGCCGAAGCCGACGAGAUGCGCCAGGCCACGGCCGUGGCGCAGCGCAAGGCGCGGGCCGUACGGCUCCUUGGCAGCGAGGACGUGCCGGGCAUUGGGUUGCCGGAGUUGAUGGCGCGGCUUCAGGAAACAGAGGGUGUGAGCUUGACCGGUGAGCAGGCCUUGGCCCUGGCUGCGGCUCUGGGCCUCUCAGAGGAGCCCUACUUCUUUCGCUUCGAGGAGCUGAACUCCGAGACCUUCGACACGAAGCUCAGAGCCAUCGAGGCGGAAGCAAGAAAGGCCGAGCAGGCGCAGGCCGAGGAGCAGCGCCGAAGGGAAGAGGCCGCGAGGGCCCAGGCGGCGCAGGCCCCGAGCCAGGCAGGCUCCACUUCGGGGACGUCGGCUCCGCAGGAGGCGCAAGACGAUCGCAGUCUCGGCCCGAGGCUGCUUGGGUCCUUGGCCUACAUCCUGCCCGUCACGGAGGCCUUCAAGCUGAUGCUGCCAUUGAUUCAGGUCUUCCCUCCCCUGGGAAUCGUCUUCGGCCCCAUCACCUUGCUGACAGUCUUGCUGAACUUUGCACCCUUCGUCCCGUUGCUCCUCUUCGUGCUCUUCAUUGUCCUUGCACAGUCCAAGGACAAUGUGCCCAGGUUUCUGCGCUUCAACCUCGAGCAGGCCGUGCUGCUAGACAUGGCGCUGACCAUUCCCAGCUUCAUCCUCUCAACCAUGCAGUUUUCCGGCGCUGGCGAGGCGGUUCUCGUGGGUGGCGCCUUUGUCUUCGCAUUGGUUUUUGGCAUCUCCGUGUAUGCGGUGCUUUGCAACCUAGAUGGAAAAGAUCCGGAUGGAGUUCCCUUCAUUUCCAACAUCACGAAGAAUGUCGUGGACCGACAAACCUUUUUCGACGAGUCACCCAAUGAGGAGGCGCAGCCGCUCUCGCCGCCAAGAGCUGCCAGCUCCGCCGUGGCGCAAGGUGCGCCAGGUGCAGAGGCGACUCGUCUCGCCGUCUGCACCGUGGAGGACAGGCGAGCCACGGGAUUUUUUCUGGAAGAGUGGUUCGUGGACCCGACAGGGGACUUCGAGAACUGGAGGUCACGAGGUCCCGAUGCAGUGAGUGUCAAGUGCAGAGCGGCGGAAACUAGGGCUGAGGAUAUCACCUGCCUGGAAUGUGUCAGCCACGUGUCGGACCUCCCUUUCACGUCGCAUCCAAGGGAUGCGCUUCUGCCAAGCGAGCGGCGCAGGCAAGCCACACUCGAUGCUCUAGCAUCGGUGAUGCAGGCCAGGCUGGUUUCUCCUUGGAGGGAUGGGAGCAUGGAGCUCUGCCGACGCGCGGCUGCGGGUGAGAACGCCUUUUGCAAGUCUGCCGCCGUGAUGGGAAACGCUAUGCUCAAUGCUGCUGUUUCACAGCUGAUCAGCCGCCACCCGGCAGUCCAUUCGACUUUGUGGCGCCCAGCUUCGCAGCCACACGCCGACAAUUUUCAGUUCUCCGAAAGCUUGCGCAAAGCCUUCCGCAAUGUCGUCAUCAUCGUCACAACACCACAGUCUUCACCAUCACCAAUGAGUGUGGCAGAUUUUGACCUAAUUAUGGCGAAGACUGGCAGUCUCAAGAGGAGGUUUCAGGAUGCAGAUGGAACUCAGAUCGAGCUGAGCGGCCAGGAGCUUGAACAGUCAGGAUCCCAAGAAGGCGAUGCGCAGAAGAAGACAGAUGAGUUCGCAAAGGCCAUCGCGCAGGAGCACAUGCAUGAGGUGCCGGACAGCCACAAGCCUUUUGUGGGCGCACAGCCCAAGCUGCUGAAGAUGCCAAGAAUAGCUGACGGCGAUGAAAGCUAUCGGGCAACUCGAGUUGCCUGCCAAGCAAUCACGACGGCAAUCAAAGAAGCCGACGGAGUCGUGCUGGUCUUCGCGCAGGACGCGUCCGUGUCGGGCGACUGCAAGAGCCUCUUGGAGCACUGCUCCGAUUCCAAGGACGUCAUCCAGAAGGCCAAGGUCCUUGUCGCCCCUGCGACCGACUGGCAGCAUACCAUCCCAAACACGCAGAGCAAGUUCGGGCCCGUUCCCCGGGCUGCCGAGGGCGACAAGUUGCUCAUCUACAUAGGAACGCCGGGGAAGUAUGCAACCAUGUGCCUGCGGUCAGAUCACGGCCAGUUCGAUGCGGCCUACCAGGCAGAUCGCCUCAUCGUGCUCUGCAAAGGAGUUUGCAUGCUUCCCAUCGGCACGCAAGAGCAGAACAUCCUCGGUGUUGACGAGACAGAGGUCCUGAAGGCGGUCUGCCACACACUCAAAGAGCGAGGACCAGUUGCCUGGGGACUGGGAGACCACACAAAGACGACGUUUUUGCAGAAGGCAUAUGGGUAUCCACAGGCAUUGCCGGCACCUUCGAAGCUGACAUUCGGAAAAGAGCGGGUGGGAGGAUUCAAGUGCCUGGCAGACUACGUGAAGUUCACCAACAGCGUCAAGCUGGCGAAUCCCGAGACGAUCGUGAAGAAUUACUACGAUACAGGUUUGACAGUGUCCGUCCUCAUGGCCACUGUCGUUUCAGAGGGUACCUCGCUUCUCACAGAUGCUGAUGGCUUGGCCAUGCUUCGGGAUGCCAGCAUCGGGCACAUCAUGUCGAAGCUGAACCAGGUCAUCACCGUGGAGGAGCUCGCGAAGAAGAAGAGCGUCUACAACUUCUACAUUGGAGACGGAGCCUGCCGUUUGAACGGAGGGACCGAGCUCACUCUGCACCUGAUGGAAGGAAAGUCUGCCAACUCCUUGACCAACGUUUUCCUUUUCAACAACAAGGCCUGGGCCAUUGAAGACAAUCUGGUGGCCACAAAGGAGCAAGAGCAUGUGCUCUACAACACCCAAUUCUACGACGUCAUCGCAGAGCACCAGAAGAUCUGUAUCUGUGAGACUGAGCAGGAUUUGAGGGAGAUCCUCAUCUACCUCAGCGACAAGACAGUCAAGUUCCUCGCCGGCGAAGCGAAGCCAGGUAUGCACAUGGUGGUGGUCCGUGGCCUGAAGAUGAACCUUCCUCCAGUCCUUGGAGACAUCGAACCCAUCAAGAAGUCAAAGGAGAUGCAGUUCAUGCGGGAUGUCCUCGGAACUUUUGCAAAGGGCUGCGAGAGUCGCGUGCCCCUGUACGGCUGCUCUGCGUUCGAAUACAUACAGUAUCUGCACAUUUUCCUGGAGCAAAUGCCGGAAGGUAAGCACUACCAGUACAUCUGCGGCCGAACAGACAUCCAGGCAGCACACAUGAUGGGUUUCCAUCAGCCCGAAGGGAAGUGUGUUCUCUUCAUCAACGACGUCUACGGCGUGAACUCCAUCGGGGAGAGCCUGCGCUUCGUGCUGAGUGGCUUCGGCGGCCGGCAGGUUCUCGUGGUGGUCUGGCAUCCUUCAGUCCUGAAGGUGAUUGACAACUUCCACUUGCACCGGCCUCCCAUGGUUUGGCCCUCCUUAGGCCCUCAGCUGGCAAGGUACUACGUUCGGAAGGAAUCGGAUGCCUUUUUUGCGGACUUCGAGGGCGAGUCUCGAUCGACGGAGCGAGUGAAGAAAGCCAUCGAAGCCAAAACGCCCCUGGUGAUGGUCAACGUCAUGCCUCAACAGGAGUGCAACUAUGUACAGCUGGACGCGCGCAUCAAGGCCGACUUUGAGCCGAUCUUUUCGCUGUGUCCACAGCGCGUCACUUGCACGGUUUGUUUUUGCUUCUCUGCAAGGUCAAGGAUUGACGUCCAUCUCCAUGAUGCACGGAUCGCUUUGUUUUCAAAAAAGGGAGUUCUGCGCCUCAUGCUUGUAGUCUCCAGCCAUUUUGAAAGUGUUGCUCAUCUGUGUGCAGCAUCAUACAUGUGGAGGUAUCAUGUAUCCACCAUUGCCCCGACAAGGAAAACUCACACUGAGACUUCGUGCGCACUCUUGCGCAAGCUUCACUACAGUCGCAUCUACAUUCCUAGGCUUCAGCAUAUUAAGACGGCUCUUCACUUCAGACUUCCAUGCCCGGUCGCAACGUGCAACUGA